UAUAAGGGGAGGUUGAGUUGGAGGAGAGCUGGUUGUUACGGGGUUAAGGGGCGGUUCUCUGGGGGGUUCGAGGGCAGAGGUGGUUGGGGGUUUUGGAGCGAGUUGAUUGUUUGGAGGGAUGUGGUUGGUUGUAGGACUGGGGGGCAAGGCAGGUGCUUGGGGGAGAUUGUUUGUGGGUUUGGAAUGUGGUCGCUGGUGGGUUUUGGGGGACGCAGUCGUUUGUGGGGUUGGGGGAGCCUGUCCGAGCCGUCCCAGCGCCGCUCCCUUCCAGGCUCCCUGGCCGGACCGCGGCGCGGCCGCCGCCUUCGCCCGGGGCCGCCCCGCGGCUCUGCGCAGGCCCCGCUGGGCCGGGCCGCCAUGUGGGUGUUCGGCUACGGCUCCCUCAUCUGGAAGGUGGAUUUCCCCUACCAGGAGAAGUUGGUGGGGCGCGUCCGCGGCUACAGCCGGCGCUUCUGGCAGGGCAGCACCGACCACCGCGGGGUGCCGGGCAAGGUGAAAAUUGAUUGAUUAGGAAAUACUUGAAGUUCUAAAAUUCUUCACCGUUUGGAAAAGGAGAAAAAAAAAAAACAGCGAGAAAAAGAAACUAAAAUUUCAAGUGAGCCUUCCCAGUGUCAUGUGUUUUUAAGCCAUGGGGGUGAGGACAACCUGCACCCAGCCUGGAAGAGUUGUGACCCUGGUUGAAGAUGCUGAGGGGUGCGUGUGGGGCGUUGCCUACAGAUUACCAGCUGGGAAGGAAGGAGAAGUGAAGGCCUACCUGGAUUUCCGGGAGAAGGGCGGCUACAGGACCACCACGGUCAUCUUCUACCCGAAGGACACGUCGGUGCAGCCCUUCGACGUGCUGCUGUACAUCGGCACCCACGACAACCCCAACUACCUGGGCCCGGCGCCGCUUGAGGACAUCGCGCGCCAGAUCCUGGGCGCCGCUGGGCCUAGUGGCAGGAACACGGAAUACCUGUUUGAGCUGGCCAACUCCAUCAGGAACCUCGUGCCAGAGGAUGUGGAUGAGCACCUCUUCUCCUUAGAGACACUGGUCAAGGAGCUCUUGGACAAGCACCAAAAUCUCAACUGUCUAUAAAGUAACCUCUUAACAGCCUGGUUCUGUCUUCAGAAGAGGGGUUUUGUCAGCCGUGGAUGUGUGGCAGGGAGGAAUGUUCCUCUGUAUUGUGCUAGUCUAAUACUGCCUAUCUUAAUUAAUGCUGCAUUCAGAAUAGGAGUUGGUUACUUAAAACUUCCAAAAUCAUUCUUUAGGAGUCCAGAGAAAGGCGAGCGACUAAAGUGUUCUAUGUUUGAAUUUGAUAUUUCCGCUUUUCACCUGAAGACUACACCUCAAGACAACCACCUAAACUUCUCUUUAUGUUCUAUUAUUAUUUCAGGUUUAAAAUAAAUCUUUAGAAUAUUUUUGAGGUCAAAAUCAGCAUGCAGAGACAAGUUUCCUAGAUUUAAGUAAUAGUUUGUUCUGACCCCAGACCACAGUGCAGGAAUUUUAAGUGGUUGGCCUAAAUUGUGUAGUAGAACAUUUAAAUCAACGUUCAACUCCUCUGAAAUAAAGCUACACCACUGAAUUAGUCAUCUCAUCCUUUAUAUGUAAAUUUAUCCUUAAAUGCAGAGGAUAACACAUUUUAUUGUAAAGCAAGUAAUUCCUUCCCUUGGCUGCUGAUUGUCAAGCCCUGAAAACCAAAGCUCUGGGCACUCUUGACUCAAACAAGCCAUAACUUGUAAGUGCCUCGUUUUAAUUUUAAAUCCUAAUAUAAAAAAUAACCCCAAAAUAUUACAAUUAACUAAGAGCAUGACUUGAAGUCACAACACAGCAAGAAGAGAAACUCUCAUCUUUGUUACUUAGCUGCUGUUGUGGCCCCCAUCUCUUUGAAACUCCCAGCUGCAAGGAUAGAUUUUAGUUUCAGGCAUUCACCAACAAAAGGUAAUGAAGGAAGGAACCCUCUCUCCAGUAACCUUAGGGGUGUGUAUGGACAUCCUAAAGAGUUGGGAGGCCCCCAGUUUAGGCUGGUAGGCUUUCCUGAUGCAAUCCGUCCCAACAUGGACUUGUCUUGCUCCUCAAAACUCUUUAUUUUUAUUAACUUUUAACUGAGUGUAUGUUUAUAUCUUAAUAUAAAAGAUCCCGUUUCAAACACCACGCAACAUCCUGUUUUCCUGUCCAGGGAAUGUGUGUUUAGUAGCAGCCUGGAAGCCUGGAUUCUCCAUCAGUAAUUGCAAAAAAAAGUGUGGUUUUCUGCUGAAAAUGUUGACCCUUUCUCUUCUUUACAUCUUCCUGGUUUAUAUUUGUAAAGGUAAAAGAGAGUGCAAUGGCACUCUCUUUCUUGAAAAUUCUUUUUAGAUUUAAAAAUUCUUUCCUCAAAGACUUAUCGUUGUUCCUUAAAACAGGGCAGGGGAUGCUUGUGCUCAGUAAGGAUCCAAUACCAUCAGGGCCGAUUCCACCUUUAAAAUGCUAAUUAUUUAAGUACUGUGAUUCUGUGUAGCUCCACACUCUCUAUCUUUGUCUCCAAGGCUUUCUUGGUUCAUUUACUUCCCAAAUGCAUAAACCAUUGCAAUAAUACACAUUCCUGUGUACGACUUGAGUGCAAUAAAAAUGCAUUACAAUAA